CCAUCCCAGUAGUCCGGUCGAAGAAAGAGGCGAAUGUUAGUCCGUUUUCUCGCCCUCUCUAGAGAUACACACACAGAGUGCACAAAAGCAGUACAGCUCCGGAAUUAAAGAGGAAAUGGACUAAUUAAAUGUGUUAAACAUCCUUACGAAUUUCGUUUCAUUUCACACAUGUACCUAUACUAAUUUAUUUCUCCUAUUGGAGAGCACCAGCAGAUAUUUUAGUUUUACAAGUGUAAAAUAAAAAUUCUUCUUUCGCGUUACAUAUCUCGUACAAAUAAUCACUGAAACAUGUCUUUCAAAAAAGAUCUCCGGUUAUUGAUAAAACCUUAUUAUCUCGUAAACAUUCUCCUUAGUAUAUCGUACAUUGUGGCUAAGAGAUUACCGAUAGUUUGUGAGUUUCUUUUCGUACGGGCGGAUUGUGAGCUAAAUGGGAGGGAGACGGAAAUUCUCUUUUUCCUGAUGAUUGUAAUCAUGAUAAGGACCCGUAAGGCUGGGAGUGUCACAAUGAUAAAUUAUUUGACAUCCAGCUUUGUUUACACCAAAAUUGCCAAUCUUAUACUCUGGUUUUACGCGGACAUACGAAUGGGAAUUUUCUUUGCAGUCAUAUUCAUUCUUUGCGGUCUAGUUCUACCGGAACCAACUUAUCAAGGUCCGGAAAAAGUUAUUUAUCUCAGAGGCUCCAAUGGACUGCAAGACGAACUACGAGAUUCUCGUGUCGUUUGGCUUGUCGCCUUCUACACAGCUUGGAAUCCUGCUUGUGUCAACUUUGCUCCAAUAUUCUCGCAACUUUCCGCAGAAUAUGCUCUCGAGAAUCUCAAAUUUGGAAAGGUCGAUGUUGGUCGUUAUCCGGAAGCAGGGGUGAAAUACCAUGUGAGUGACGCAAGUACAAGCAAACAACUGCCUACGCUGAUUCUCUUCAAGGAGGGAAAAGAGAUCGAGAGGCGACCCUAUGCGGAUACCAGGGGGAAACUGGUCAAGUUUUUAUUUACGCUGGAUAACGUCAAAGCUGCCUUCGAUCUCAACAAUGUCUACAAGACAUGUAAGAACAAUCCGAUCAAGAGAAAAGAGAAGAAACCUAUCAAAGCGGAGUAAAGAUGUAAACGAAACUGCCAUCAAAUGUAAAAAACAGAACAACGGUUUCUUUUCUCCGUUAUAGUUCGAUCAAACGACACGGACGUCGCGGUCCGUUGUUUUUUCCUUAGAAAAUUACAGACGAGAACCAAAUUGAUAGUCACUCAGCGAAUAAUCAUUUAUUCGAUAAAGACAGAAAUCGAGUAGACGUUCAUUGUUCGAAACUAUUCGUCGUAUUCCCUCAAUUAUUUGAGUGAUUUUUUCAGUGUAAAUUAUAAGUUUUGUGGCCAUUAGCAAAAUAUCCUUUUUUGUAUACAAUCGUUUAUUUAUUUGAAAUGAGUUGCUAAGUUAAAACGAUAAUCUAAACAAUUAUAUACAUGAUGAUAUAUAAUAUAUACAAAACCAUAUGUAUUAUGUUAAUUACAUUUGCGCUCAAACACUUUUACGUACAGAAGUAUCUACAGUGUCUGUAGGGUACAACACGAUUAUCUCCAAUUCGGUAAUAUUGUUUCAACGAUAAUCAUUUCAUCGCAAUAAACAUAAAAUUCGUU